AUAGAUCAGGCAUUGUUUGAAUGGCGCAGUAGACUUGAUGGGCCGAAUGGCCUAAAUCUGUCUUACAACGUAUGAACAUUAUUUCAAGCCAGGUCGAGUUUAUUGCCAACUGCACAAGUUCGGUGAGGGGCGGGUACAAUGAAAAUCUUGCUUGCUGCAGCAUCAUAGGCACAUGGACUCUGAUAAACACACAGAAACAUAAAUGAUACAUAAAUUACAAAUACACGAUGCUGGACAGUGAAAAGAAAAAACAGACUACAGGUAAAAAAAACAACACAAUCGGGGGAAAAUUAAAAAAAUCCAUGGCAGUGCAGGAUUCUGUUGUUAGAACAUAGAAUGGCACAGGAACAGGCCCUUUGGCCCACUAUGCCUGUGCUGUACAUAAUGCCUAGAUAAAGUAAAUUCCUGCCUGCGCAUGAUUCAUAUUCCUCUAUCGUAUCUGCCUCCACCACCACCCCGACAGUGUGUUCCAGGCACCCGCCACCUUCUGUGCAAAAAAAACUUCCCCCACACAUCUCCAUUAAACUGUGUCUCUCUCACCUUAAAGCCAGGCCUUCUAGUCUCUGACAUUUGGACCUGGAGGGCAAUAGAUCGCAGAGAUAUUUAAACAUCAACAACGUGCCCGUUGAUCUGUUUCAACAGAAACUGUUGGGGGUUGCACGGUGGCGCAGUGGACCAUUUGCUGCCUCACAGUGCUAGAGACCAGGAUUUGAUCCUGACUAUGGGUGGUGCUUGUGUGGAGUUUGUACGUUCUCCCAGUGACCGCGUUGGUUUUCUCCGGGUGCUCCGGUUUCCCCCCCAAGACGUCCAGGUUUACAGGCGAAUUGGCUUCGGUAAAGAUUGUAAAUUGUCCGUAAUAUGUAGGAUAGUUCUAGUGUACGGGGCGAUCGCUGGUCGGCGCGGACUCAGUGGUCUGAAGGGCCUGUUUCAGCUCUGUAUCUCCAAAGUCUAACACAGUUCAUGGCAAGGUGAAUAUUGGGGGCAGGGUGGUUUCCUUGCUCUUUGAGAUAAUCCUUGAGAUCUUUCACGCUGACAGUGCCCGAGUCCCACACACUAAAGUUCAUCCCCUCCUACAAUGCCAUGCCUGAAUACAUCGGCAACAAGAAAGCUUUGAACGCCAGUUGCUGAAAUAAGAAUUGAACCUACGACCCUUUAAUCGAGCGGUCAACUAAACCAUUACUCACAUGAUACCAUCGCUCGCAGAUUACAUUACAAAUUGGGUUAAAGGGCUGAGAGUUUACCCGAUUGUUUUCAUCAUAAAACCGCCCAGUGUUGCAACUCCGAUUAAAGUGGUUUUAAAGUCCAAAUGAAAGUACAAAUUUCUGCAGAUUAUAACAGAGCAAUUGCUUUCCUUAACUCCUAUAGAGCUAAAUUAUAAAUGGAAGUGAGGUGUUUCCAUCAUUGGAUUCAAUCGAACGACAAUAUGGUUAAAUAAAAUAGACACAAGCACACUCAUUGCAAAAUAUGUUGCUCCCUCCCUGCAUUAGUUGGUGAACAUUUGGGUAACCAAAAUAAAAUGCAAUCAAUACUCUCCAUUCUCCCCCCAAAAUGAUCAUAUGAAAGAGGCUCUGUACCAAGAGGAGGAAGUUAAACAUUAACUCGGGUGAUUCAGAUUGGACUCAGCACUGAUGUUCACACAGAGCAGACAUUACCUGGGCUGAUCGUUGUAUUAACCGCUCGGUCGGUCCAUCAUUGGCAAAGCGCUUGUUCUCAAGACUUAUUGUGUUGGGUCUUCAAACGGAGGAGUGGCUGUUUCCCAAAGGACUGUCGAGAGAGGAAGGGGCAAUGACAGAUGUGCUGGAUACAUACUGUGGAUCCACGUUCUGGAAUGCCUCUCUCCUGGACCGCCCAGACCCCGACCUCACCGUGUGCUUUGAGCGGACAGUCCUGGUGUGGGUUCCCCUGGCCUUCCUGUGGAUAUGUACAUCAUGGCAAGUUCUGGCCCUCUGCAAGUCGAGACUCAUUGGAGGCACCUGUUCAAGACUCUACCUGGCCAAACAGAUCCUCGCCGGCCUUUUGUUCCUGACCUCGAUGGCCGACAUGAUUUUGACGGUAAUGGAGGACUAUGAGGUUGAUCUCGACUCCACGACUAAUGGACAGAACCCGGUCGUUUUCUACGUAAACGCAUUUCUUUAUCUUCUGUCUUGGUUGCUGGUGAUGUUGAUCCACGAGGGCAGGAGACGGAUUGACGACAAGAACUCUGCCUGCAUCUUCAUCUUCUGGCUGCUGUCUGCUGCCUGUGACGUGUUUAUGCUGCAGACCCUCAUCAGAAUGGCCAUUGACCAGGGUGGGCCUCCUGAUCUGCCACGGUUCACACUAUUCUGUAUCUCCUACAGUCUCAAGUGUAUGUCCCUGGUUGUAUCCAGCAUUUCUGACGUCUCCUCAGAAACUAGAGCUGCUGCAGAGAAGAAUCCUCACAUCGCUGCAUCUUUUCUCAGUCGAAUAACAUUUCAUUGGUUUAAUGGGAUGAUGAUGAAAGGAUACAGAAAGCCCUUGGAGAGCAAGCACCUGUGGGACCUGAACGAGGAGGAUCGAUGUCAGACUAUUUACGCUGAGUUUGACAAACACAUGAGGCAAGGCCUAAAGAAGGCCCAAAAGAAGAGGGGCGAAAAACAAAGCAAGGAACGCCACAAAGACGCAGAGCAAAUGAAUGGUUUUAACAGAAGCAUCAGCCAAGAUGUAUUAGUGAUGGACGAAAAGAGCGGGAAGGACAGAAGGAAAAAGGGCGGGAAGGAGAAGUCAGCGGCACGAGGGGCGACGGGGUGGCUGGUGCUGGCCAUGUUGAAAACCUACCGCUCCAUCCUCCUCAAGGGCGUGUUCUUCAAGAUUUGUCACGACGGCCUUCUCUUUACCAGCCCCCAGCUGCUAAAGCUGCUGGUUUCGUUUACAGAAGACACGUCCGUCUAUGCGUGGAAAGGCUACUUAUACGCGGUGCUGCUGUUUGUCUUGGCUAUCGUUCAGUCACUGCUGCUGCAGCAGUACUUCCAGUGUUGCUUCCUGCUUGGCAUGCGAGUCCGGACUGCCAUCACAGCCGCCGUCUACAAGAAGGCCCUGACCGUGUCUAACGCAGCGCGGAAGGAGUGCACAGUGGGGGAGAUUGUCAACCUGAUGGCGGUGGAUGCUCAGCGAUUUAACGACGUCACCAACUUCAUCCACCUGCUGUGGUCGGCUCCGCUGCAGAUUCUGGUCGGCAUCGCCUUCCUGUGGCAGGAGCUCGGGCCCGCCGUCCUGGCCGGCUUUGCCGUCAUGGUCCUGCUCAUUCCCAUCAACGGGUUUUUGGCCAGCAAAGGCAGGGCCCUGGAGGUGAAAAACAUGAAGCACAAAGAUCGGCGGAUGAAACUAAUGACUGACAUUCUGAAUGGGAUUAAGGUUAUGAAAUUUUAUGCUUGGGAACCGUCAUUUGAAAAUCAAAUUUGUGGCAUAAGGGAGAACGAGUUGAAAAUGAUAAAGAAGUCUUCGUACUUGCUGGGUGUGGCCAUUUUCCUUGUCACCUGUACACCGUUCCUGGUGUCUCUGGUCAGCUUUGCCGUCUACCUGGCUGUCGACGAGAACAACGUUCUAGAUGCGGGGAAAGCUUUCACCUCCAUCUCCAUCUUCAACAUAAUGAGGUUCCCUCUCGUGAUGAUGCCCAUGCUUAUCUCAUCGAUAGUCCAGGCCACCGUUUCCUGCAAACGGCUUGAGAACUUCCUGGGAGAUGAGGACUUGGACAUAUCUGCAAUCCACCACGACCCCACCUACGAGUCGGCGGUCAGCUUCACGGAUGCAAGCUUCUCCUGGGACAGAAGUGGAGACCCAACAAUCAAGGAUGUUACGUUGGACUUCAAGCGGGGCAGCCUAGUAGCAGUGGUGGGCCCAGUGGGAUGUGGCAAGUCCUCUCUCAUGUCGGCCAUCUUGGGCGAGAUGGAGAACAUCACAGGAUGUGUCAACACCAAGGGUACAUUUGCCUACGUUCCACAGCAAGCAUGGAUCCAAAAUGACACCAUACAGGACAACAUCUUGUUUGGUAUGAAGAUGGAGGACUCGAGGUACCAGGAAGUCUUGGAGGCCUGUGCCCUUCCUCAGGACCUGGAGCUGUUACCAGCAGGAGAUCUAACGGAGAUCGGAGAAAGGGGCAUCAACCUGAGCGGUGGGCAGAAGCAACGGGUCAGCCUGGCACGGGCAGUGUACAGCGGCGCUGACAUCUACAUCCUGGAUGACCCCCUAUCUGCAGUGGAUGCCCAUGUGGGCAAGCACAUCUUCGAGAAGGUGAUCGGUCCAAAUGGUCUCCUGAAGGGCAAGACUCGAAUUCUUGUGACACACAGCGUCACCUUCUUGCCUGCGACAGACCAGGUUGUGGUCCUGGUGAACGGCGCCGUGUCUGAAGUGGGGCCGUACCCGACGUUAAAGGCCAACGGAGGGGCGUUUGCAGACUUCAUGAACACCUACGGGGAUCGGAGAGAGAAGGGAGAGGGAGAGCCGACAGUGGAGGCGGUGAUGGAAGAGGACUUGGCAGUGGGCGAGGAGCUGGGGCCGAUGGCGGAUGAAGAUCCCGGUGACGCGGUGACUCUGGAGUUGAAGCGGGAGCUCAGUGAACGAUCCAGGCGGAGGGUGGGCAGCAGGAGCAGUGUGAGAGUCUCUCUCAGGAGGUCCAUGAGGAAGGGGAAGCUGCCGCCGCACAAGGAGAGCAGCGUGAAAAUGGUGAAAGGUCAGAGGCUGAUCGAGGAUGAGACCAUGGUAACCGGCAAGGUGAAGUUCAGCGUCUACUGGAAAUACCUGCGUGCCAUUGGCUGGCUCCACUCUGUGCUGAUACUGCUGCUGUACCUCGCCCAGAACAUAGCUGCCAUUGGUCAGAACCUCUGGCUGAGCGACUGGACCAAUGACGCCACCCGUUACAACAGCAGCACCGAGCCGGCCUCCUUGCCGGACCUGCGGAUCGCCAUCUUUGGAGUGCUGGGUCUGGCCCAAGGCUUCUUCUUGCUCAUUGCCGUGUUCCUGAUGGCAGAUAGGACGGUGGCCGCCUCCCGGGAUCUGCACCUGCGUUUACUCCGUAACAUCCUCCACCUUCCCAUGACCUUCUUCGACACCACCCCCAUGGGAAGGAUCAUCAACAGGUUUGCCAAGGAUACCUACACCAUAGACCAGGCGAUUCCGAUGUCAUUCCGUGGCUGGCUGAGUUGUGCUUUCGGUGUGCUCGGGACGCUGCUGGUGAUAUGUCUGGCCACGCCGUACUUUGCCAUCAUCAUCGUGCCUCUCACCCUGGUCUACUAUUUCGUACAGAGUUUCUAUAUCGUAACCUCCCGGCAAUUACGGCGGCUGGACUCGGUCACCCGCUCUCCGAUCUACUCCCACUUCGGCGAGACCGUGUCCGGCCUGGCACUGAUCCGCGCCUACGGGCACCAGGCGCGGUUCCUGAGUCACAACGAGAGCAUCGUGGACGGCAACCAGAAGUGCGUCUUUCCCUGGAUCGUGUCCAACAGGUGGCUUGCGAUCCGUUUGGAGUUUGUCGGUAAUCUGGUGGUGUUCUUUGCCGCUCUCUUUGCUGUCAUGUCCAGGGGCACUCUGGACAGUGGGCUCGUAGGCUUGUCCAUUUCAUACGCUUUAAACGUGACCCAAGCCCUGAACUGGCUGGUGAGGCAGACGUCCGAGCUGGAGACUAACAUUGUGUCUGUGGAGAGAGUGGACGAGUACAGCCAACUGGACAAUGAGGCUCCGUGGGUUUUGGAGCAGAGGCCCGGAAGGGACUGGCCUUCGAAGGGCGAGAUUUCGUUUGUGGAUUACAAGGCACGUUAUAGACCAGACCUGGACCUGGUGCUGCACGGACUGUCCUGUGAGAUCAAGGCCAACGAGAAGGUGGGCAUAGUCGGGAGGACCGGCGCGGGCAAGUCCUCUUUGACCAACAGUCUGUUCCGGAUCGUCGAGGCAGCCGGCGGCAAGAUCCUGAUUGACGGACUGGACAUCGCAACCAUCGGUCUCCAUGACCUGAGGCGGAAACUCACCAUCAUCCCUCAGGACCCUGUGCUGUUCUCGGGCACCUUCAGGAUGAACCUGGACCCUUUCAACGAAUACUCGGACGAGGAGGUGUGGGACGCCCUGGAACUGGCUCACCUGAAGCCGUUCACCGCCGGCCUGCCCAACAAACUCCAGCAGGAGGUGGCGGAAGGAGGAGAGAACCUCAGUGUGGGGCAGAGGCAGUUGCUGUGCCUGGCGCGGGCGUUACUGCGCGGCUCCCGGGUGCUGGUCCUGGACGAGGCGACAGCCGCCGUUGACCUGGAGACGGACGGGCUGAUCCAGGGCACCAUCCGCCACCGCUUCGCAGACUGCACCCUGCUGAUCAUCGCACACCGGCUGCACACCGUCAUGGACUGCUCCAGGGUGAUGGUAUUGGACGCAGGAAGAAUCCUGGAGUUUGACACCCCUUCUGCCCUCCUUCAAAGCAAAGGACAUUUCUACAGGAUGGCGAUGGAAGCAGGGGUCACAAUGGAGAAGAACACGGCCCUUUGACACGGCCAGGUAGCGAGGGCAGGUCCCAGCUAUCGGGACGGUGGACAGUGAUUGUUUUCGAGCACAAGAAUCAACAUCCAACGCGUGAACGAGACACUGCCCCACUCCCCUCAAAACCACUCACUCAUUGGACCCACCUGCUCUGCCCACCAUCUGUGCAGCGGGUAGAGCUGCUGCCUCACAGCGCAAUUGACGCGGGUUCUAUCAUGACUACGGGUGCUGUCUGUGUGUGGAGCUUGUAUCUCCUCCCUGUCAAUGCGCUAGUUUUCUCCGGGUGCUCCGGUUUCCUCCCAUAUCCCAAAGACAUGCAGGUUUCUAGGUUAAUUCAUUUCUGUAAAUUAAUUCUGGCGUGUAGGUUAGAACUAGUGUGAAUGGGUGAUCAAUGGUCGGCAUGGACGCAGCAGGCCGAAUGGCCUGUUUCCAUGCUGUAUCUCUGAAACUGACACAGCACACCAGGGGAACUUUCUGAUUCUUACACUUAAUGCCCCAACCUAUGAAGGCAAGAAUACCACAUACUGCAGAUUGUAGAGAAUUGUGGACACAGCCCAGAGAAUUGUGGACAUCAGGCAAACCAAUCUUCUGUCCAUUGCCCCAUCUACACUUCACACUGUCUUGGCAAGGCCACCAGCAUAAUCAAGGACCCGUCACUCCCUCUUCUCCCCUCUCCCAUCAGGCAAGAUGUACAGAAAUGUGAAAAUGUACACCUCCAGAUUCAGGGACAGUUUCUUCCCAGCUGUUAUCAGGCACCUUAACCAUCCUAUCACCAUUUAGAGAGUGGUCCUGACCUCCCAUCUACCUCAUUUGAGACCCUCGGACUACAGUGCCCUCCAUAAUGUUUGGGACAAUGACCCAUCAAUAUUUAUUUGCCUCUGUUCUCCACAAUUUGAGAUUUGUAAUAGAAAAAAAAUCACAUGUGGUUAAAGUGCAUUGUCAGAUUUCGAUAAAGGCCAUUUUUAAACAUUUUGGUUUCACCAUGUAAAAAUUACCGCAGUGUUUAUACAUUGUCUCCCCCCAUUUCAGGGUACCAUAAUGUUUGGCCAUUCAAGAUUGACUAUUUUGUAGCUUUGAAAAACUCCUUUGUUGCUUUAGCAGUAUGUUUGGGAUCAUUGUCUUGCUGUAGAAUGAACAGCCGACCAAUGGAUUUUGAGGCAUUUGUUCAGAAUUCAUAUGGCUGCUACCAUCAGCAGUUGUAUCAAUGAAGAUAAGUGAACCAGUACCUUCAGUAGCCAUACAUGCCCAAGCCAUAACACCCCCACCACCGUGUUUCACAGAUGAGAUGGUAUGCUUUGGAUCUUGGGCAGUUCCUUCUCUCCUCCAUACUUUGCCCUUGCCAUCACUCUGAUAUAAAUUAAUCUCCAUCUCAUCUCUCCAGAAGAACUUUUCCAGAACUGUACUUCUUGGCAAGCAGUAACAUGACCAUCCUGUUUUUGUGGCUAACCAGUGGUUUGCUUCUUGCAGUGUAGCAUCUAUUUUUGUUCAUGAAGUCUUCUGCGGACAGUGGUCAUUGAUAAAUCCACACCCGACUCCUGAAGAGUUUCUGAUCUGUCGGACAGGUGUUUGGGGAUUUUUCUUUAUUAUAGAGUAAAUUCUUCUGUUACCAGCUGUGGAGGUCUUCCUUGGCCUGUCAGUCCCUUUGCGAUUAGUAAGCUCACCAGUGCUCUUGUUCUUCUUAAUGAUGUUCCAUACAGUUGAUUUUGGUUUGGCUGAUGUCUCCAUAACAGUUUUAUUCUUGUUUCUCACUCAUAAAGGCUUAUUUGACUUUCAUUGGCACAAUUUUGGUCCUCAUGUUGGUAAACAACAAUAAAAGUUUCCAAUGGUGUUGGAAAGACUGGAGGAAAGACUAGACACUGAGAGCUCUCUUAUACCUUCAUUAAGGAGGCAUUUAAACACUCCUGAGCAAUUACAAACGCCUGUGAAGUCAUGUGUCCCAAACAUUAUGGUGCCCUGAACUUGGGGGGAUUAUGUAAAAACACAGCUGUAAUUUCUACAUGGUGAAACCAAAAUAUAUAAAAAUACCCUUGAAUAAAAUCUAACAAUGUGCACUUUGACCACAUGUGAU